AUGGUACUACCAGGGCUAAUCAAGAACGUUUUCAUGCCGAACGCUGAUAACAAAUGUGACGUGUUCGUGCACUAUUUUCAUCAAGAAGAAGAAGCUGCACAACGAAAAAAUAGAGGGGGAAAGUUGAACCCCAACGAGAUAUACUUGGUGAAAGAGGCAGCGAGAUCGUUUCUUGGCCCGAAUACUACUGUAAUGAUUGUGAACGACACAGACGCUUCAUUUCGGGAACAGCGGAAGUAUCAGCUCGAGCGCUAUCAAGAAACUUAUGAUAAGCAAGGGCAAAAGGUUUAUUUUCCAUUCAAAACUGUAUUUCGCCCUUCGAGCUUGGAUAAUUUGGUCAAACAAUGGCACUCAAUUAACAGCACCUUCACCAUGAUGGAGGAUUAUAUGAAAAAACACGACAUCAACUACACACGGGUGGCGAUGUUGAGGAAUGAUGUCAUGUUCCUUACUUCCUUCAAUAUCAACAUGAUAAACAAUACUGAGAAGACUCCAGACUCCAAACACUUCGUCCUCCCCGGAUUUGCUAUGUUUCCCGUCACUGACAGAAUGAUAUAUGGUUUCUUUGAUGCUGUCAAGAUGUGGUCCACCACGCGGUUCGACAGAAUUGAGAAAAGGGCCUGGGAUCACCAACAUACAGGAGUAGCCAUGCACUCUGAAAAAUUCAUGGCAGCUGAUCUGCUGCCGAGCAUUGAAACGGCUGGGUAUACGCGCCUACGCAACAACAAUGUUUGCUUCAUUCGGACAAGGGCUGCAUCCAUUGCAAUGUGGCAAGAUUGCGUUCGCGAUGUACCCAAAGGCCUCGAGGGCAAGAACAUGACCGCACUGAUUGAAGAAAUUUUGGAACGAAAGUGUGAAAAAGUGGAAGGAGACAGCGCUUUUUGUCCGCCUGAAGACUUCAACUCAAGCGUUCCUUUCUAG